CGUUCGCACAGGUAUUCCACGGCCAAGCAAACUCCGCAACGACCAACGCGAUCUGAUCGGGCGUGGAAGGACACGGACGAAGCUGGCAGAUUUUGAUGGAGGAGAACAACGACGCGCCGUCAAAGACGAUCAUCGACCACUCUCAUCGAGACGUGUCUCCCCCAAGUGGCGGCAUCCAAACUCGUGCGACGGAUGACGUGGUGCAGCACACGUCCAGUGGGCUUGGUCGCCACCACCGACAAACGGUGCAAGACAAUGGCUCCGAGACUGAAUCGGACACAGACAACAAGUCGUAUCCUGAUCAGUCCAGCGCCGGGGGGUCUCGUGACAGCGGCGACAGAAGGCAGCUGCAUCUGCAUAUCAACCCCAGCGGACAUGGGGACCAGCCGCAUUACCGAGAGCCUGUGUCGACCAGUGACACGUCUUUGGAUGUCAACAAUCGAGGAGGGUCUGGCGGUGGAUCAGUCUUAAGCAAUCUGCUCGUUCGACCUGGACUCGACAACCCCAACAACCAGUCCGACCAACAACCAAGUCUGCCACAGCUUGGUCAGGCUCAUCAAAGCUCCGGCGACGUCCGCCUUCCCGCCAUUUCGCUGCAUACGCCCUCCGCUCUCGGCUCGUACAACAACAGUCACGGCGGGCCACCUCCACUUGUCGACACCACACGACCGAGCCAACUGAGCGACCUGCAUCGAGUGGCGUCCAAUGCAGUAAGCGUCAAUGGCUCCCCCGGCGUGCCCAGCCGCCAUCGCCCGGACAUUACGACUAAUCGAAGCAACUGGAUCGUGCCUCCGUCUAGACCGACCAACAUUGACGGAAUCGACCGGUCUCCACGGUCGGCGUAUACGACCCAAAGCGCAGUCCACGCCGGGCGCGACGAUUUCGACUACCCAACGUACCAGCCACCAGAGUCUCUGGUGGGCCAACGCAUUGCCAAGACCUUUGCCGGCCACGGUCGCUUUGUUGGACAGGUGGUCAAGUACAAUUCGCAGACGGAACUGUUUACGGUGGUGUACGCUGACGGGGACACGGAGGAAUUGACGCGUGAAAAUACCAUGAAUCUGUUGAUUGAGGACAAGCGGAUACAUCAGUCCAAACCCAGGGAACCGGCGAUGCGGAAACCAGCGGAGCAGCAGCAACACCCCAAGCGAAGUCUCAUAUCCCCACCGUUGUUGACGGAGCGCGACAACGAAACGUUGAAUGGACUGUUCGAACGGCAUGCGUGGCCGGCGUUGGCUGAAAACGGAUGGAGGUCCGAAAUCCAAGGAGGCUCGACGCUGUACGUGUACCCGCCCUGGUCUGGCAAGAACACGGGCGAGCCAGAGUACUUUACGUCUGUGGCGGACACAAUUCUGUACCUGGCCAGCCAAGGCGAGUUGCUGCGACAGUGUUUUCCCGUCGAAGUGCAUGCGACUUUGUUUGCGAUUCUCGAUGGCAUCCGAGGGGGAGCAUCGUCGAAACGAGGGCCCCCAGCAGAACCUCUGGUCGGUCAGGUGAAACGCAUCAAGGCAGAGUCCCCAGGUCCACCCCAUGCUGCCUCCAGUCGGACGUCGGCUCCUCGACCCCCGUACUUUGAGCAUCCCCAGCAGCAGCAGCAAGGGUACAUCGAGUCGUAUCCUGCCGAUAACCUGCGACGGCCGCUUGCAGAGCAACCCUCCAACCCCCCUCCACCCACUCGCUACAGCCACGAAGACACCCGUCAAAGCCGAAGCGGGUAUGCUCCUCAAGCAGCAGCAAUCCAACCGCCCCCGCCUUCGUCGGCUGACCACACCCAUCGGUUUCCUCCGCCCAGUAGUCGGCACAUGCGAGACGAUGGGUUCCAACACAGACAUGCAAGCCACCCUCGAGGCGAGUAUGAAGCUCAACAACGCCAUCAUCGGCAUGUCGGGGGGUACCCCCCCAAUCCCCCGUCGCUGUCCAACCACUCGCCCCACCACGAUUUGAACGCGCCGCGGUCGAUUCCGCACCAUCACUUCAAUCAUCCGGACAACCGCGUAGUCCCGAGCCAAGCCCCGUCGCCGGCCUUGAACCACCACCUGUCGUCGUUCAGCAGGGCAGACAUCGCGGCGCCUCCUCCUACUGCCAGAUUCAGUCAACCCCCUCCUCCUUCACGACCCCCCAUUGGCCAACCACCGGCGCCACGGGGCAACAUGAUUUCAAUGUCGGACCUGGACAAAAGCACGCCGCUGACAGCGUCGUCCUCUCAAAGCAACCCACGACCUAUGGGAGAUCCACAGCCCCGACUGCGCAUGUUCGCAAACGACCAGCCGCAACCUUCGUAUCCGAGACUCCAUGGAAACGAAUGGGAUGACCAACGCUACAACGGUGAACAACGGUCAUACCGGCAUCCGCCGCCGGACAGAAUGUAUGCCACAGAUCGCUUCGGGUCGCAAAACCCACCGCCGCCACGCGACGGAGGGUACUUCGAAGAAGUCAACCAACAGCAGCAGCAGCAGCAGGGAUUCCCACGGAGGAGUGACUCGUUCCCUCGCGUUGGUGAACCAUCCAGUACAAACCCAAAUGCCGACCAUACUCAAGAUUAUCAAUACAGCCGUCGGCUGCAAUAGUGUACUUUUGACGCCUACAUAACGUAAUCAUUACUGCAUAUAUGCGCUGGGUUCAACCUGUACUACUUCAAGUACGUAGUAGCAGUUAUAAAUAUUGUCUAAUCGAUUCGAAACUGGACGCCACACAGC